CUUUCUUGUCACGUUUGUAAAUGCCCAGUCCAGUCCGUAUUUUCGUACUUUCGUUUACGUUUAUUUAUGCGGAGUCGCCGCCGGAGUCUCGCCUCUGAUGAAUGCACGAAAAGUCGGAAAUAAUUCAAAACAAAGUUGAGGGGAUAAUGCGCGCCACCCCAACAAAAUGCUGGCCAUUUCUAUGGGGCGGAAGCAUGUGUCCAGUCUGUGUGUCCAUGGUGCUUCAGUGGCGCCGAGUGGAAUUUACUAUGUCCGCCUGUGGCAUCAGCAACAGAAGCAGAAGCAGGAAACUUGUCCGGAACAUAUGGAGCCCACUCUCACUCUCGAUCUCGGACACAUUUAUUCCCAGCUAUCGAACAGUGUAAACUUUGCUGCUCGACUUGGACCCGAUCCAUGUAGCAAUGGCCAUUGUCUUUGCUCCACUUUAACUGGCCGUAGGUACAAGUAUUCGCAUUGUUGCAGCAUUCAGCCGCUUUUAAUUGCCACAUGUGGCAGCAAUCGUGAUUGAUCACUUCGGAGUGGUGGCAGGUGCACUUCAUGGCAAAUCGGAACCAAUAAAUGGCUAAUAAUAAUAAAAUAAUAACGGAUAUGCAA